AUGAGUGAAGGGCAUAUAACAUGCAAAAGCUCUCAACAAGAGACUCCGACGCGUACGAAGAAACCACACUCUUCAUUCAAGAAUGACGGUAUCAUGGACAUUCCAUAUUCGUCGGGUUAUGAUCACGUUUGUAGAAGUGGCUUCCCACCUGUGCGUUUUGGCAAUUGGCAACGUUGUCACUCGCUGUCACAGAAUGAUGGUCAUGGGUCAGCAUCGUCUGUUUCACGAGAACCUACGCAUUUUCACGUUGGUAUUGAUAUGAAACAAAUUUUGACACAAACGACAACACGAGCACGUAAGACAAAGAUCAUUUGUGCCAUUGGACCCGCGUCGUGGUCGGUAGAAAUGUUAGGCCAAUUACUGGAUGCAGGAAUGAAUGUGGCAAGGUUGAAUUUUUCACAUGGAGAUCAUGAUUUGCAUAUGAAAAGUCUGAUGAAUCUGAAGAAAGCGAUGGCAGCACGACCACGAUGUCAUUGUGCUGUGUUGUUGGAUACUAAAGGACCUGAAAUCCGGACUGGUUUGUUGAAAGACCAUCGACCGGUGCAGUUAAAGGCUGGACAGACACUAGAAAUUAUAACGGAUUAUGGAGUGGAAGGUGACGCUUCACGUGUUGCAUGCUCGUAUGAGCAGUUGCCAUCCUCUGUGUCAGUCGGCUAUAAGAUUUUGUGCGACGACGGAAGUUUGAUUAUGACAGUAUUAGAGUGUCUAUCGGAGUCAAUUAUCGUGCGAGUGCACAAUGAUCAUGUUCUUGAAGAGAAAAAGAACAUUAAUCUACCAGGAGCGGCUAUUCGAAUCCCCGGUAUCACGGAAAAGGACAAGAAUGAUCUGCUGAAUUUUGCGAUUCCAAAUGGAGUUGACAUUGUUUCGGGCUCUUUUGUGCGCUCGGCUGCAAAUGUGCGCGCCAUACGAAAUUGUCUUGGCGAAGCAGGCCGACAAAUUCGCAUUCACGCAAAGAUUGAAAGUCAGGAGGCUUUGCAAAAUAUUGACGAGAUUAUUGCUGAGGCUGAUGGUGUCCACGUAAGCCGUGGCGACCUUGGAAUGGAGCUGUCACCUGAACGAGUGUUUUUGGCGCAGAAGAUGAUUAUCGCCAAGGCUAAUCGUGCUGGCAAGCCUGUGGUCACCUCCACACAAAUGCUACAAUCUAUGACAAAGAAAAUGAUCCCGUCCAACGCAGAAUGCACUGAUGUGGCAAACGCAGUGCUCGAUGGCACGGAUGCGGUGAUGUUAUCAGCAGAAACAGCAAAGGGCAUGUACCCGAGGGAGGCAGUUGAAACCAUGGCAAGGAUUUGUAUUGAGGCAGAGCAAGCGCUCGACUAUGCGGAAGUAUAUCGCGUGCACCGUGUUGCCAACAGUAAGCACGUAAGCCUAUGCGAAUCUGUCACCAGUUCGGCUGUCGAGAUUGCUCUGGACAUGGACGUCAAGCUGAUCAUUUCGAUCACUGACACAGGCUCUAGUACAAAGCUGCUUGCCAAAUAUCGUCCAGAAGCCAACAUAUUAGCUGUAACAUCCUCUAUUUUGACGUCGCGUCAGCUCUCUGGGGUAUCAAGAGGAGUAACGUCGUUGUUGGUGGAAUCUAUGACAGGGAUAGAAGAUCUUACUCGGAAAGCCAUUGAUUAUGCAAAGGAUGCGGGCCUGAUAAAGAGUGGUGAAAUGGUAGUUCUCGUCCAUGGACUGGACGAUGAUGUAUCGUCGCCAACUAGUGUGGUAAAGGUGAUUGAGGUUGCCAAACCGAGUCCAAAGAAAAACAGCUUUUAUACUGGUAUUCACAUACCUUUCGCUUAA